AACUGGUCAAUCCCUCACUCCAAAAGAGGGGUAUUCAGGUAAAUUAGCCAUCAUAUUGUACCUUUUUCUUCCACCAAUCAGUCUGAAGAUCCUCAACCCCCCAUAAGAUUUGUCUCAAUAGUGUUCCCAAGUCUCUUGAACAAAAACUCCUGAAUUUGAGAAAGAAAAAAGAGUGAAAAAUGAAGUUAAAGAUGGCCAGUCUUAGAAGUCCUAAAAACAGCUUCUGUUUGGCUUUUCUGUUCCUUGCCUUUGUUCAAACUCAAGUCCUCUGCUACCAAUACAAAGUUGGAGAUUUAGAUUCUUGGGGAAUACCCAGUUCUGCCAAUCCUCAAGUGUACGCCAAGUGGUCUAAAUACCACACUUUCAGGAUCGGAGAUUCUCUCUUGUUCUUAUACCCACCAAGCCAAGAUUCAGUGAUUCAAGUCACAGCACAAUCCUAUAACAGCUGCAACCUCAAAGAUCCAAUCUUGUACAUGAACAAUGGAAACUCUCUGUUUAAUAUAACUUCAGAGGGCCAAUUUUUCUUCACCAGUGGAGAGUCAGGCCAUUGCGAAAAGAAGCAGAAGUUAUACAUUACUGUUGGGAAUGCUAGCGCUGCAUAUUCUCCUUCAUAUGGUCCCAGUGCAAUGCCAGAAACCUCACCUUCUUAUCCAACUGUUUUCGGCACAAUCCCAGCACCACCUUCCUAUUCACCAUCACUCAAUUUCCCAGUUUUCAUGGCUUCUGCUAUUGGAUUUAUGGUAUGUGCAUUACUUGGCGGCAUCAUGUAAAAAAGAACAUAAAUAUUCAGAACCCAAUUGAGAAAUUAUUUUUUUUCCUUUCCUCAUUUUGAAUAUUGAUUUUUUCCCCUUCCAUUCUUGAAUUCUAAAAAGUAUAAUUGGUUUACAUGGAGAUUUCUGGAUUUGUAUUAUUUUUCAGCAAUUAUAUGUAACAAAGUGUUCAAUAUCUUAAUCAAUAUUGUCAAGUUUUUGGUUUUGCA